AAAAUUAGUUUCAACUUCACUCGUAAAAUCUUUCGAUUUCUUGAUAUAUUAGUAUAUAGCUAGUAACUAAUAACAAUGGGCAACUACGUUUCAUGCGCUCUAAACAAAACGUCAUCGUCACCGUUGGCCAAAGUGAUUCUCCCGGACGGUGGAGUGCGUGACAUCCACGUGCCGACGAAAGCAGCCGAGCUCAUGAUGGAGAUGCCAAGCUAUUUCCUCGUCGACGCCAAAUCGUUGAAAAUCGGCCGUAAAUUCAUCCCACUCGCCGCCGACGACGAUCUCGACCUUAGAGGCUUCCAUGUGUACGUUGCUUUUCCGAUGACACGUGCCACUUCUGCAGCCAACGCCUCCGACAUGGCUCGGCUCUUUUUAGCUGGCAAGAAACGCACGAAAAGCUGCGAUAAUAGGAGAGUGUCUCCGGAAGAUGAAGAUAACGAUGACGUAAGGCUGAUCGGACCGAAGCUGAAUCUUGAAGACAUAGAAGAGUUCUCGGCGGCGGAGUUUAUUCAUCGGAUCUCUUUUUCCAAAUCUAAGAAACCACAGUUGGAGACUAUAGUUGAAGAACAUGAGAUUGCGAUUAAGGAAGCUCAUCCGAGGUAUUCCGAUUUAUAUCGGUUUAAUGGAUGUGAUAAGAAGAUGGAGAUAUCAGAUAAGAUAUGGAGUGAUGUGAAAGCUUUAAUGCCUGCAACUUACGGCUUUGCGAUGGUUGCACAUGUGAGUGAGGACGGGAAGAAGAAGGAUGGUAUCGCUCUGGCUCGAUGUGUGAUGAAUGUGGAACGGGACAUGAAGAAAGGCGGGAUUUUCUGGAAGAAGUUGUGGAGAAAAUCAAGAUUCAUAGGAGACAUGGCAAGAUCGCUCAAGAAAUCAGUCAAGUUGAGCCUACGACAUGUCCGGGUCCGUUCUUCAACCAUCAGGUUGAAACAAGACUCUAGUUCCAUAGAAAGAGAUCAGAGAAUUGAGUUUCUUGGACGAGACAAGGGGGUUGGAGAAGAGGAAAACGAUGGUGACGGUAGCAGCAGUGAGUAUGAAGAGUUUGAAAAAGAGGAAGAAGGAGGAGGAGAAGGGGAAAGAGAGGAACAAGAUGAUGGCAAGAGCGUUGUGAGCGGUGGCAAAAGUGAACGCGGGGAGACAGAAGCCGCGGUGGAAGCAGCAGAGGCGGAGAUUACAGAGGCCGGGAAUAGAGUGAUGGUGGUGGUGGAUAAAGUGAUUGCAUCAACUGGAGCUCUUGAAUGGGCUUUGAAGCAUACAUUACAGUCACAAGAUUAUCUUUUUCUCUUAUAUUUCUCCAAACCCUUUAGAAAAGGAAAAAGAAAGAACCGGAAACGUGAAGUUAAGACCGAUGAACUUGUUCAUACACUAAAGAAACUCUGCCAGACAAAGCGACCAGGGAUAGAGGUUGAGAUAAGAAGACUAGAAGGAAAAGAGAAGGAGAAAGGAGAGAAGAUAGUGGAAGAAGCUAAAGAACAACAAGUGAGUCUAUUAGUGGUUGGAGAAGAGAAGAAACCGCCAGUGUGGAGAUUGUUGAAGAGAUGGGGAUGGAAGAAACGGCGAGGCCGAGCCGGAACUCUCAAGUAUUGCCUAGAGAAGGCUUCAUGUAUGACCAUUGCGGUUAAACCAAAGAACCGUAAGCUUGGUGGUUACUUGAUCACAACCAAACGUCACAAGAAUUUUUGGCUCUUAGCUUGAUGGUUAAAGCCAUUUUAGGUGGUUAUUUUUUUGUUUUUUCAUAUUGUUUGGAGAUAUUGAUUUUAGUAUAGCUUUGUUCUUCUUUGAUUAAGACAUUCCGCGUAAAACAAAUUCAAAGUAUAAUACAAAAAAUUGGUUAUU